GCGGCGGUGACGGUGGCGGCGGCGGUGGCGGUGACACCCGCUGCAUCGGCGGCGGCUGGAGUUGCGGGGUCGGGCCGCGCGCGAUCUGGACACCUUCCUGGCCAUCUCGGGGCCCAGAGCGGUUGCAGCGCGAGCUGUCCCGCUGUCCUGCUGUCCACCCCGCCGUCCGUCUGUCCGUCUGCCCGCUGUCCGGUGCCCGGUGCGUGGCUGGCUGCCUCCCUCGAUGAAGCACACGGGUGAGGCCCGCGUCCCGCCUCCCUGCAGCCCGUCGGGCACCGCCAGCUCCAUGUCGCACGUGGAGGACUCGGACUCGGACGCGCCGCCGUCGCCGGCCAGCUCGGAGGGUCUGGGGCGCGGUGCUGGCGGCGCGGGGGGCCCCGGGGCCGAGGCCGGGGCGGCGGCCGGGACGGCGGCCGGGGCGGCGGCGGACGAUCGCUUCCCCGCCUGCAUCCGCGACGCGGUGUCGCAGGUGCUGCGGGGCUACGACUGGAGCCUGGUGCCGCUGCCCGUGCGGGGCGGCGUGGGCGGCGCGCUCAAGGCCAAGCCGCACGUGAAGCGGCCCAUGAACGCCUUCAUGGUGUGGGCGCAGGCGGCGCGCCGCAAGCUGGCCGACCAGUACCCGCAUCUGCACAACGCCGAGCUCAGUAAGACGCUGGGCAAGCUGUGGCGUUUGCUGAGUGAGAACGAAAAGCGUCCCUUUGUGGAAGAGGCUGAGAGGCUGCGGGUCCAGCACAAGAAGGACCAUCCCGACUACAAGUACCAGCCUCGGCGCAGGAAGAACGUCAAGGCCAGCCAGAGCGAUUCGGAUUCGGGAGCCGAGCUGGGCCACCACCCCUCUGGGGCCGGCUUCAAGGACAUGGACACACACAGCCGCGGUGGCCAUCCAGGACAGACUCACGAGCCACCCACCCCACCCACCACACCCAAGACCGACGGGCACCCAGGGGCCAAGCAGGAGCUGAAGCUGGAAGGGCGCCGCUUGCUGGACAGCGGCCGCCACAACAUCGACUUUAGCAACCUGGAUAUCUCCGACCUGAGCAGCGAGGUCAUCAGCAACAUGGACACCUUCGACGUGCGUGAAUUUGACCAGUAUCUGCCGCUGCACGGUCCUGCGGAGCCUGGCUCCUACGGGGGUUCCACCUAUCCGCACCCCGGGGCAGCCGGCCUCGGCGUGUCCCCCACCUGGACGCACAAGGGCACCCCAUCGUCGUCUUCACCCACUGAGUCCCUGAGGCCCCACAUCAAGACAGAGCAGCUGAGUCCCAGCCGCUACAGCAGCGACCAGCCCCACGGUUCUCCUGGCCACUCCGACUUUGGCACCUACAGCGCCCAGGCCAGCAUCACGGCGGCCACCCCUGCCAGCUCUCAGUGUGACUACACUGACCUGCAGGCGCCCGGCUACUACAGCCCGUACCCCAGCUACCCAUCCAGCCUCUACCAGUACCCCUACUUCCAUUCCGCCCGCCGACCCUACACUACCCCUCUACUGGGUGGCUUGUCUGUGGCAUCGGCUCACAGCCCCCCCAGUAACUGGGACCAGCCCGUGUACACGACCCUGACCAGACCCUGAGUCUGCAGCAACUGGAGUGUGAGCACAGGGAUGCCCCGAGUGAGGACACCCCACUACUGGGUGCCAGGGGGGGCAGUAGGCUGGUCUACAACCUUUGCCCUUUGCUUCCAGCCCCCCAAUUCCCAGCAGCAGACAGAGAGCCCUUCCCUACCAUAUCCCAGUAAUGACUCCAAAUGCCGCGUGUGUGGUCCUGGGCCCUGAGCUCUUAAGGUGCCCCCCUCCGAAGGGAGGGGAGUGGCCCCGAGGACCCCACUUUCUCCUCAGAGCACUUGGUGUGCAGUGGUAUGUACGGAGUGCGGACUGCGUGCUCGGUGGUGUGGUGACAUGGUCACACAGUCACAAGUCCUCUGUCCUCUGUGCUGUUCCGUCAUGUUUAUUUUCGAGGCUUCAAUGUGUGUGAUUUGUUUUGAAAGCUGUUAAAAUGUAUUUAUGUUCUGUGUUA